UCCGUCGAGGACGAAUACUUGCUGAUUACACCAACCGUCACCUAUCCUCUGCUAAGUUCGGUAGACGGCGCCCUCAAGUCAGCCUCGAGGAGUUUAGCUUUCUUGAAAAGGUUUGCAAGAAGACUACGCCGGAGGAAAGGACUUGGGCUAAGUUGGUGAAUCCGAGGACCAUACAUUGGUACUGCGACGGUCCUGAGCCCACCCAAGAAGCAAUAAGAUACGACGAGCGCGUUCAUAAACAGAUGGAGGACGCAAAAAGGAGAGCUCUGAUCAAAUCCCAAGCCGUCAAGAAGAGGGAAUCCGGCGAGGUGGUUCCUAAGGUGUCGGCUUCAGCACCUAAGAGGAAACCAACAUCAAAAUCUGACCGUCCAUUCAAGCAACCAAAGGUCUCACUUGAACCUGUGGUUGGUUUAAUGGCUGAGGGUAUCAAGACCGUCACUCCAGCUAAGAAGGGGACGGGUAAAGGACUGAUGACGGCCCCAGAGGGUAAGCAAGAGAGACCUCCUUCCCUUCUCCGCGACGACUCCAAGUAUGCAUUGGAGAAGCUGUCGUCCAUCAUCACGGCAGAAGACUACGAAGAUCUGGGAAACCAUUCGACGGAGGCCAUGGGGGAGACGGGCCUCUUUGCCGUCGCUCAGUCCUUGGUCAUGAUGAAGGGUCUACUGGACCGGUGUCUCAACCGUGAGAAUGCCUUGGACCGGGUUCGCGCAAAGGCAGAGCAGACGGAGGAAGAGCUCGGACAACUCCAUCAAUGGAGGUCCAAGAUGGAGAGGAAGCUGGAGCUUUCUGAGAAGAUAUGCUUUUUACAAUUGUUUGGUAUUUUGUCUAAAGCUCCGUCUCCCUUCUUGAGGAAGGAUUUUUUGUGA